AUGGCAGAGGGAUUCAAAUUGUAUCAUUACAAUCCAUCCGCUGGGGCUGCCGUCGCCUUUGCCGCUGUGUUUGGCCUCACUACCGUGAUACACAUCUGGCAGCUCGGUCGGUCUCGAGCAUGGUACUUUAUACCAUUUCUCAUUGGUUGCUUUUUUGAGACGUUUGGAUAUUUGGCGAGAUAUGCUAGUGCCGAGGAAACACCGAACUGGACCACAAAACCAUAUAUUGCACAGAGUCUUAUGUUACUUCUGGCCCCCGCAUUCUUUGCCGCCUCUAUCUAUAUGAUUCUUGGUCGCAUUAUUCGUUUAUUGAAUGGGGCAUCGUGUUCAAUGGUUAGGCCGUCAUGGUUAACCAAAAUAUUUGUGACGGGAGAUGUGCUAUCUUUCCUCAUUCAAAGUGGAGGAGGUGGUAUGCUUGCUACUGCCAAAACGGCAUCGAAGAUUGAUCUUGGGAACAACAUGAUUGUCGUUGGACUCUUGGUCCAGAUAAUAUUCUUUGGAUUCUUCAUUCUGGUCUCCCUAGUCUUCCACCGUCGCAUGCUUAAGACACCCCUACAUGCCGUGGGUGAUACUCGACUUCCCUGGGCUCGCUACAUGAAACUUCUCUAUCUCGCCAGUGCCUUGGUAAUGAUCAGAUCAAUAUAUCGAGUGGCAGAGUAUCUUCAGGGAAGCGAUGGAUAUCUGCAAAGUAAAGAAGCCUUUGUUUACGUGUUCGAUGCGGCAUUGAUGUUCAUCUGUUGUCUGCUUUUCAACAUCUUCCAUCCAAGUGGUAUUAUCUCUGGUUACCGAAAGGCCCAAGAGGAGCCAGAUCUAGAGAUGCUCAAUAACAGUGGGUAUAAAUGA